AUGGCCCAGGUCGAGGGGCUGCAGGUGACUCAGGGGUAUCUCGAGAAUCCUACUGCACUCACUGUAACGGGCCCCGGCAUGGGUCUAUGCUGGCUUGCUAGUUACGCUGGAAUGAUCCGCAAGUCGUUUCAGGACCGUUCCUACUGCAUGCCAUUGAUGCCACUUGGCUGCAAUCUCACCUCUGAUUUCAUCUUCUCUGACCCCAUUCUGCAGUAUGUCAUUGCAAGCUGGCUGGCUGGCAGUGUCAUGAUGCGGAAUAUUCUCUGGAUAUUCGCUAUUACUAUUCUUGGUUGGGUGACGGUAUAUUUUGCGUUAGCCGCCCAAUUUGGACCAGAUGAUGCAUUCGCAUGGAGUGCUUGUUUCUCCCAAUUACUUCUUGGUGCUGGUUCCCUGUGCCAAGUGAUUGUCCGAGGAAGCAGCCGGGCGGCAUCCUUUUUCAUUUGUCUUGCCGCACUAUAUUUUACUUUGCGGUUUCGCCAUGGGCAUGUUAUAUGGCACAGUCCGUUAGCGUGGUGGGGUGCAGUGGUCGCCUUUCUGACGGACAGUUCCUAUGGAAUCCUUCUCUGGCAUAUCCAACGGUCUGAGGGGAAUGGUCAGCGGCGGAGAAAGGCUGGAUCAGAGAUAGGACCAAAAUGA